UUUCACUUUGAGAGUGACAGAUUGAAUCACUGUUUCAGCGUCUAGGGUCUUUAUCUGUGAAAUCGAGAAUGUGUUCAAUGAAGGACAGGCUUCUCUUGGUUUUCUAUCAUGAUGUUAUCCUUCUUCUUCUUCUAACAUGGCAUUGUGGAGGUCAGUCUCAGAUGAUUGGUCCAACUCAACCAUUGGUUGCAAUGACAGGGGAUGACAUCAUUUUACCAUGCCAGCUAGAACCAGCUAGGGAUGUUGUUGACUUGACUGUGGAAUGGUCUAGACGUGACCUUAAACCAAGAUUUGUCCACUUAAACUCCAACGAUUCAUUUCACUUUAACAGCAACAGUUUGGAUCGCUGUGUCUUUAUCUGUGGAACAUACAAAUGCCUUGUACCUAAAUUUAAUGCAGAAACUGUGGUGACGCUUGCUGUAGGUUCAGUUUCCUCACCAGUGAUAGAACUCACCAAUGUCAAAAAUGAAAUGGUGUUAGAGUGUAAAUCUAAUGGCUGGUAUCCAGAGCCUCAGAUGUUGUGGGUGGACAGUGAGGAAAAACCCAUUUCUGUGGAACCUACAAAGAAUGUCAGAGGUUCUGAUGGCCUCUAUACAGUCAGCAGUAAAGUGACUGUGGAGAAAGGACAGAGCUACAGCUUCACCUGCAAAGUUCAACAGAAGAAUAUCAGUCAAAUCAAAGAGACACACAUCCAUGUUUCAGGUGAUCUCUUUAUGGUCCAGUCUAAUACUGCUGUUCACAUUAUCGUCAACUUGGCUGUCUGUUUAAUAAGCUUUGUGACAGUAGUAAUCCUAAUAUGGAAAUGUGGACAAAAGAAAACCAAAAUCAGCAUACACGAUGAGGAUGAAAAUGAACUACAUCAAACAGAGAUGGAGGAAAAAUUACAGAGAGAACGUGAGGAAAAGAAAAGACUUGAAGAGGAGUUGCAGAACAAGGAGGACGACUUAAAACAUGUCAGACAAACCAUUGAAAAACUGAUGGAGCAGAAGACAUUUCUGAAGAAGCAGAGAGAAAAACUCAACACACUACUGCAGGAGGACAAGGCAGGGAUGAAAGAGGUCACGAAAAAAGAGACAGAAAGCCCAUUCUUUGACAAAGAGAAAAAAAUGCAUAAGCUUGUAGAUAAAAAAUCUGACCUGGAAAAGAGAACAGAAGUACAUGAUGAACUGUUAAAGAUGACAGAAAAGCUAAUGGAGGAAACAGAGAACAUUAUAAUCCAAAUGACAGAAAGAAAGGGAAAGCUAGAAAAAGACAAGGAACAAAUUAUUAAACACUUGAGAGAGAAACAAAAAAAGAAAGAGAUGUAGAAAAAACUGUCAGAGAAACAAGCGAGAAACACUGAACAGGUGUGUAAGUUUUUCUUUAAUAUAUUUCUUGCUAAAGUCACAUGUACAAACUGUCGUGUUGUGUCUUCAGUUGUGACCCUAACUCGUUUUUUUGCUUUUCUUCCUCAGCGCAGGACAGAGUAACACGACAAAUAAAACAUAGAUUUUGCUGUUUUUUUUUCUCUUGCUGUCAUUUUGCAAUGUGAUGCCUAAUGUUUCUUUAUUUGUUUGCUUUAAAUUUAUACUAUAUACAUUUAAACAAGAAAUGCAGUUUGACUGUAUUUUAUCAUAGGAGAUUUUGUUAUGAUAAAAUGUAUAAACAUU